CUCUCUUUGGACCUCCCCUCUGCGUUAAAAAUGGAGCCUUUGCCGUUCCGUGGUUACUUUUUCCAGUUUCCACAGCUCCGUUUUCACCAGAUAGGCGCUCACCCGGAAACCACCGUCAGCCCCUCGGCCCCUUCCUUGUAUUCUGUUCGUAUUUGCGAAAUAGAGAAUCUCCAAAUCUGUCAACAUCUUAGAGUUGUUCUACAGUUCAAGCCGCUCUGGCUCUCGCAAGAUUUGUGCUGGUCUGCGCACCGUUCUUGUUUCUUUCUCUUUAUUUCCAUCCCUUCUCAAACAAAGCUCCGAAAAGGAUACAUCUGAAUCGCCUUUCUUUCUGCUCUUUCUUCUCAAAUCUGGGCGAGCUCGAUCUCAAAGGUGUCUUCUUUCCUCUUCUUUCUUCAUUUCUCUUCAGUGGGUGUUUUGACAGUUUUUCUGCUUUCCUACGAGUUUUGUUUUCUCCGCGUUGUUCGUUCUGAAGAACCCAAUAUUUCCAUUUCUAACCGGGCUCAGAAAACCCGUCCCUUCUUUGUUCAACUCUCUUCACUGGGUGCUUUGUAGUGUUUGAAGUUUAUUUUCUCUGUAAUAUCUGGAUUGUUUUGGUGAUGGGUUGUGGAACUUCUGAAUUGUUCAUCUGGAUCUCGAUUACAAUGUCUUUGUGCUGCUUUUGUAUUGGAUUUAAUCCUGCAGACCAAUACCUUAUAGACUGCGGAUCGGCAAAAAACAAUACGGUGGGGGAUCGUGUUUUCUUGGCCGAUAAUUAUGCUGCGAAGUUCCUAUCUACCCCACAAAACAUUCUGGCCAAUACUUCUUCAAAUUCCAUCGCAUCUUCGGACGAUUCGCCGCUCUACCAGACAGCGAGAGUAUUCACUGGAGUCUCUAAAUACACUUUUCCUAUCAGCCAGAAGGGGCGAAUUUGGGUUCGCUUCUAUUUCUUCCCUUUUGUAUCUGGGAAUUAUAAUUUGAGUUUGGCUAGUUUCUCUGUAUCUGCCCAACAUUAUGUACUUCUCAGAAAUUCUAUUUGGAAAGGUAGUUCUGUCAAAGAAUUCUCAAUCAAUGUCACAUCGGGUGCGCUUGAAAUAACAUUUGCGCCAUCCGGCAAUUCGUUUGCCUUCCUGAAUGCCCUGGAAGUUGUUUCAGUCCCCAGCACACUCAUAACUGAUGAUGCCAAUUUGGUUAACCCUGCUGUUCAAUACCAGGGCUUGUUGAAAAACGCUAUGGAGACAGUUGCUAGGCUGAAUAUGGGCGGGCCGCUUGUCACAUUUGAGAAUGAUACCCUAUGGCGAACUUGGGUCCCCGACCAAGCUUUUUUAUUAGAGAAGAAUGUUGCCAAAAGUGUGUCGAAUGUUAGGGCUGUUAAAUAUCCACAAGGUGGGGCAACAUCUGAUAUUGCUCCUAAUACUGUCUAUGGUACUUGCGUAGAGAUGGAUUCACAAAACGAUCCCAAUAGCAAUUUCAACAUUACCUGGGAGUUUGACGUGGAUCCAGGGUUUCAGUAUUUUGUCCGGUUUCACUUUUGCGAUAUAGUGAGUACAUCUCCUAACCAGCUCUACUUCAAUGUUUAUGUUGAUUCAUGGGAUGUUGCUCCGGGCCUUGAUCUGAGUUCUCUAACCUUUAGCAUUCUGGCUACUGCAUAUUAUAUGGAUGUGGUCACAGCAACGAAAGAUAGCAGUAAACUCCGCAUUAGUAUUGGGCCAUCUCCCGUUAAUAAUGCUUACCCAAAUGCUAUCCUAAAUGGAUUGGAGAUUAUGAAGAUGAAUAAUUCUGUAGGCAGCCUCGCUGGGGGAACCUCCAUGGUGCCUUCCGCCCCACAUAAGAAGAAGAAUAUGGUAUUGGUAGUGGGUUUGAUUGUUGGUGUGUUUGUCGUUGUCUUGUUGGCGGUUGUUAUAUUUUUGAUGUGCAAAAGAAGAAAACUGGCUAGACUCGGCCAUUCGAAAACAUGGAUUCCUUUCUCCAUUGGUGGAACUUCCCUCACCUUGGGAAGUAAAUACUCCAAUGGCACAACCCUCAGUGCAGUUUCUAACCUUGGAUAUCGGUUUCCUUUUGCUACAGUUCAAGACGCUACUAAUAACUUUGACGAGAGUUGGGUUAUUGGAAUUGGUGGUUUUGGGAAGGUUUACAAGGGUGUUCUCAAUGAUGGUAUAAAAAUGGCUGUUAAGAGGGGUAACCCUCGAUCUCAACAAGGUCUCGCAGAGUUUCGAACUGAAAUUGAGAUGCUUUCUCAGUUCCGCCACCGCCAUUUGGUAUCCUUGAUUGGGUACUGUGAUGAAAAGAAUGAGAUGAUUUUGAUUUAUGAAUAUAUGGAGAAUGGGACGCUCAAGAGUCAUCUUUAUGGCUCAGAUCAGCCCAGCUUGAGUUGGAAAGAGAGGCUCGAGAUAUGCAUUGGAGCAGCUAGAGGACUUCACUAUCUCCAUACUGGCUAUUCAAAAGCAGUCAUACAUCGUGAUGUAAAGUCUGCAAACAUAUUGCUUGACGAGAAUCUUAUGGCAAAAGUUGCCGAUUUUGGGCUUUCAAAGACAGGACCUGAAAUUGAUCAGACCCAUGUGAGUACAGCAGUGAAAGGGAGUUUUGGGUACCUUGACCCAGAAUAUUUCAGAAGGCAACAGCUGACGGAGAAGUCUGAUGUGUAUUCAUUUGGUGUGGUUUUGUUUGAAGUUCUUUGUGCAAGGCCUGUGAUCGAUCCCUCUCUUCCAAGAGAGAUGGUGAACUUAGCUGAAUGGGCAAUGAAGUGGCAGAAGAGGGGGCAGUUGGACCAGAUCAUAGAUCCAAAUCUCGUGGGAAAAAUAAAACCGGACUCUCUUAGGAAGUUUGGGGAAACUGUAGAGAAAUGCUUGGCUGAUUUUGGUGUUGACAGGCCCUCCAUGGGAGAUGUGUUGUGGAAUUUGGAGUAUGCUCUUCAACUUCAAGAGGCAGUUCUCCAGAACGAUCCUGACGAGAACAGUACAAAUGUCAUUGGUGAGCUCUCUCCCGCAGUCAACGAUUUCAAUCACGUUGACACUACUGUCUCUGCUGCCCAAUUUGAAGCUUCAAGUGUAGAUGGUCUUUCAGGAAUUUCAAUGAGUAGGGUCUUCUCCCAGCUGGUAAAAUCCGAGGGUAGAUGAGAAAGUGUAGAUGUAAUGUGACAUUGGCUUUAGCCCAUCCUCGGCUAGCAACUUCUUGCUUCAUCCAGUGGCCUGCUUUGUUGCCUCAUGGCUAUGCAAGAAAAGUGUUUCCUUUAUGUUGUCAAGAGCAAGAAUACAGAACAGAAAAAAUCUCCAAAACACUCUUGCUUUCUGGCAAGUGUUGGAAACACUUCCAUUUACCAUGUUGUUACUUGUCAGUACCUACAAAUUUGUUGUACAAAUUGAAGAGGCUGUGCCGCCAUAUUCUAUUGCCACUCAUCAUCUGAAGUUAGCUCUUAAAUUUACCUGAAUGCCUUGUGGAGUUUGCCUUGGUGAUUAAUCUGCAUGUGGUAGUCAUCUUUUGAACAGAAGAGAGGAAGUCAGAGUGAGUUUUGUGUUGGCCCUGGAUGCACAUUUUGCAUCCACUUUUUUCCAUGAUGUUGUUGGUGUUUCUUUUUGGAUCUACUCAUGUUUUCAUCUUGGUCAAGACAUCAGACCCAGGCUUCUAUAUGUUUUUCAUGUGCUUCUGUAUUGUUUGUGACUUAUUGACUACUGCAAUUGUCUGCUUCUUGGACCAUAUGCUGUUCCUUUUGGUCAGUAGCCUGUUAAAUUAUAUUGGAAAUACAAUUUCUCAUCUUUUCA